CUCCUCCCCUCCCCGGUGCGGCUGGUCUCGGCUCUCCUCGGCUCUCCACAGCAGGCAGAGUCGGAAACGCGCAGCAGCGUCGCGGUUCCGAGGCUUCUCUUCGCUUUGCUCUCCCCCGGAGCGGCUCGCCCUCCAGCCCGCAGGCCAGCGGCGGAUCCUCGGCCUCCGGGACGGCCGGACGCGGCGCUCAGCGCAGCAGGCUCCCCCCCUCUGCCCCUCCGCGGUGGAAAGCCCCGGACGGAGGCCCGCGGUGUGCGCUCCUCCUCCCGCAGGCCUUCGGCCCGGACUCCCGUGUUUCUGCUGGAAAAUGGACGGAUUCACCGGCAGCUUGGACGACAGCAUGUCGGCGGCGAGCGUGUCGGACGUCAACGACCGGCUUUCGGCGCUGGAGCUGCGCGUCCAGCAGCAGGAAGACGAGCUGAUGGUGAUGAAGGCCGCGCUCGCCGACGUGCUCCGCCGCCUGGCCGCGUCCGAGGACGCUGCGGCGAGUAGGAAGCAGCACGGAGGAAAGGGCGGAGCCGCCAUGCGCGAGGCCUACUCCACGUCCUGCAUCUCCAACGGCGGCACGCCUGCACGCAAGAGAGACUCCACCUCCGUCACCAGGAAGGAGACGGUGUCGUCUGCCGCCAAGAGCGGCACAGAGAAGAAGAAGGAGGUUAGCACUCAGCGCUCCCACAUGGAGGAGAUCCAGGAGCAUGAAGAAGCUCCUCCCCAAAAGGAGCCGUCUCCCAAUCACUCGUCCCCCGUACCGUCCCCCCAGAGAUCGACCCCAUCCUCUGAGGGCAGCAAAGGCCACGUUCUUCCUAAAAGGGGGCCCAGCGUGAAGCGGUCUGCAGGCAUGGAGCGAUCUCAGAGCAGCACCUGGGACUCUGCAGAGAAAAACAGGAACAAGCUGGUGAAGGCGGCCUCCACCUCCAAGCUGCUGGCUAAAGCGGGCAAGAACGCCGACAGACACAAAGAUCCGGUAGUCAGCCAAGCCAAAAUGUCGACCCGAGAGAAAAACAGCCUGGCCGAGGGAAACGCCAUCAAGAUGUUCAUGCGUGGUCGACCAAUCACCAUGUUCAUCCCUUCAGAUGUGGAGAACUACGACGACGUUCGCACAGAACUUCCUCCAGAACGACUCAAGCUGGAAUGGGUGUACGGGUACCGCGGCAGGGACUGCCGGGCCAACGUCUACCUGCUUCCCACCGGAGAGAUCGUUUACUUCAUUGCAUCCGUGGCGGUUCUGUUUAACUACGAGGAACGCACCCAGAGGCAUUACCUCGGACACACCGACUGCAUCAAAUGUCUGGCCAUCCAUCCGGAUAAGAUCCGAAUUGCGACCGGGCAGAUCGCCGGAGUGGACAAAGACGGCCGGGCGCUGCAGCCUCACGUACGGGUCUGGGACAGCGUCAGCCUGUCCACCCUGCAGGUCAUCGGUCUGGGAACCUUUGAGCGGGGCGUUGGAUCUCUGGCGUUCUCCAAAGCUGACUCGGGUCAGCACCUGGGCGUCAUUGACGACUGUAACGAUCACAUGUUGACGGUUUGGGACUGGCACAAGAAGUCAAAGGUCGCGGAGAUCAAGACCACUACUGACGUGGUUCUGGCUGUUGAGUUCCACCCCACUGAUCCAAACACCAUCGUCACGUGUGGCAAGUUCCACAUCUUCUUCUGGACCUGGAACGGGAGCUCGCUGCUGCGCAAACAGGGACUCUUUGGGAAUCAUGACAGGCCAAAGUUCAUCCAGUGUCUGACCUUCCGGAGCAACGGAGACAUCGUGACCGGAGACUCUGCAGGACAGCUGCUGGUCUGGACCAGGAACUCCGCCGAGGCGCCUUCUGGAAAGGGACCUCAAGCCUUUCAGAUGAGGACGGACACGAGACCCAUGGAGGCCCACGAGAAAGGCGUGUUCUGCAUGUGCGACAUGAGGAGCGGCACGCUGCUGACCGGCGGCGGGAAGGACCGCCGGGUCGUCCUGUGGGACCACGAGCUGCACCAGGACCGAGAGAUCGAGGUCCCGGAUCAGUACGGGAACAUCAGGGCGCUGGCCGAGGGAAAAGGCGAGGAGUUCCUGGUCGGGACGACCCGCAACUUCGUCCUGAGGGGAACCUUCAACGACGGCUUCCAGGUGGAGGUCCAGGGACACACGGACGAGCUGUGGGGACUGGCCACCCAUCCAUCCAGAGAAGUGUUCCUGACGUGCGCCCAGGACCAGCUGGUCUGCGUCUGGAACUCCCUGGACCACAGCCUGCAGUGGAGCCGUACUCUGGAGGAACACGGACACUGUGCAGAGUUUCACCCCAGUGGAUCGGUGGUGGUCAUUGGAACCCACUCAGGAAAGUGGUUUGUUCUGGAUGCUGAGACCUCGGAUCUGGUGGGGAUCCACACAGACGGGAACGAGCAGCUGUCAGUGAUGCGUUUCUCAGUCGAUGGCAGCAUGCUGGCUGUAGGCUCCCACGAUAACUUUAUUUACCUCUACAACGUGUCGGAGCGAGGACGGAAGUACAGCCGGUACGGGAAGUGCACGGGACAUUCCAGCUACAUCACACACCUGGACUGGUCACCUGACAACAAGUUCAUCAUGUCCAACUCCGGAGACUACGAGAUCCUCUACUGGGACAUUCAGAACGGCUGCCAGCUGAUCCGGAACCGCUCAGAGUGUAAGGACAUCGACUGGGCCACCUACACCUGCGUCCUGGGCUACCACGUCUUCGGUGUUUGGCCCGAAGGUUCUGACGGCACCGACAUCAACGCGCUGAUGAGAUCCCACAACAGGAAGGUGAUUGCGCUGGCUGACGACUUCUGUAAGGUUCACCUGUUCGCCUACCCGUGCUCCAGAUUCAAGGCUCCCAGCCAUAAGUACAGUGCCCACAGCAGUCAUGUGACCAACGUCAGCUUCCUGUAUAGCGACAGCCACCUGAUCUCCACGGGGGGGAAGGACACCAGCAUCAUGCAGUGGCGUUUGGUCAAGAAGUCCUCCCUGUCCCUCACCGACGGCAUCGUCUCAAAGUCCGGCCCCCGCAGAGCCGACCCGCUCGUCGCCCCGGUCGCCGCCCCGUCUCCUCCGGCAGGAACCGCCGCUGCCCCUGAAGUGUCCGCCGGUACCCAGGAGCCGCCUCCGGCCGCAGACGUAGUCCCUCCGCCGUCUGAGCUGACCCCCCCUCUGUCCGAGUCCACGCCGCCGGCCUCAGACAGCACGGUGAGCCUGAAGGACAGCCUGGAGACCAGCGACGACACGGCCACGCCCAGCGACGAGGGCCUGCCCCCCCUCACCCCGCCCUCUUAGGGGGGGCCGGCUCUCUGGGGACAACGUCUGGGUUGUCAACCUGUGACGUCUGC